CUUCGUGGAAUAAACUCUUACAGAACAAGACAGAAAAAGUAAGUCAUGUGGCCUUCAGAUUUAGACAUGCGGAGAAAUGCAGCCAUCUGACAUGGUCAUGAACCCCAAACAAGUCUUCCUCUCUGUGCUGCUAUUUGGAGUGGCAGGCCUCCUCCUCUUCAUGUACCUGCAAGUCUGGAUUGAAGAGCAGCAUACAGGGAGAGUGGAGAAGAAAAGAGAACAAAAAUCAACUUCAGCAUGGGGGCCAGCCAAUUACUUUCAGCCUGCACCCGGAAUCAUGAUUACAGAAAAACUCCAGGAGCAUAUUGCCAACCAGAGCCCCAAGUUUCACAUACCUGAGGAGGUAAAGAGAAAAAAGGACAAUCUAUUACAUCCUGGAAGGCCUACUAGAGUGUUAACAAAGACCAGCAGCCACUCACAAGGAGAGAACCAAGAUCUGGAUAAGGUCUCAGGGUCACUAACAAACCAUUUGAUUGAAAGUCAUCAAGGAGCAAAGACUGUUUUCAAGAAGUAUAGUGAGAUUAAUUGGCCAUUGGACACUCGGCCUUUAAACAAAAGUUUAAUCAGAGACAACAAAUGGAAAAAAAUUGAGGUGACCCAAGAGGAACGCAGGUCCUUCCUACAGGAGUUUUGCAAGAAAUAUAGUGGUGCAAGUCACCCUCAAUCACACCUCUUUCAUAUGGUAUCUAGGAUCUAUGUAGAAGACAAACACAAAAUCUUAUACUGUGAGGUGCCCAAGGCUGGCUGCUCCAACUGGAAAAGAAUUCUGAUGGUGCUAAAUGGGUUGGCUUCCUCUGCAUACAACAUAUCCCAUGAUGCAGUCCACUAUGGGAAGCAUUUAAAAAAGCUAGAUAGCUUUGACUUAAAAGGGAUCUAUACUCGUUUGAAUACCUACACCAAAGCUGUCUUUGUGCGCGAUCCUAUGGAAAGAUUAGUGUCAGCAUUUAGGGACAAAUUCGAACAUCCCAAUAGUUAUUAUCAUCCAGUAUUUGGAAAGGCAAUUAUAAAGAAAUAUCGACCAAAUGCCUGUGAUGAAUCAUUAAAUAAUGGAUCUGGAGUCAAAUUCAAAGAGUUUGUACACUAUUUGCUGGAUUCUCAUCGUCCAGUAGGGAUGGAUAUUCACUGGGAAAAGGUCAGCAAACUCUGCUACCCAUGUUUGAUCAACUAUGACUUUGUAGGGAAAUUUGAAACUUUGGAAGAAGAUGCCAAUUACUUUUUGCAGCUGAUUGGUGCUCCUAAAGAGCUGAAAUUUCCAAACUUCAAGGACAGACACUCUUCCGAUGAAAGAACCAAUGCUCAAGUGGUGAGACAGUAUUUAAAGGACUUGAGCAGAACUGAAAGACAACUGAUCUAUGACUUUUAUUACUUGGACUACUUGAUGUUUAAUUACACAGCCCCAUUUUUGUAGUUUGCAUUCAUUGUUCUAAAACCCUGUAUUUACUUAAUGAUGAUGGCCUCAAAUCAGCUACUCUAAUUUUCCUAUAAUUCUCUGUAUGAGGGAAAUUUUUAACUAAAUGCAGUUGUCCUGAUUUAAUGAGUUUUUUUUUUUUUUACUGAAUAGGACAACAGCAAUUGGCACAAAGUUAUAGGAAAAUCAUCUAACAGAGACGCGUAAACAACUUGAGUUACUUUAAAACGUUUGGAAAAGAGCUGCUUUGGCAUUAUGGAUCAUAUUGUUGAAGCAAUAACCUAGCCAGCUGUUACAUUAACUAAAACAGCCUCUUGCAAUGGUAGAAUAAGGCAUCUAAAAUAGCAUGAAUGUGUAUCAGUAUCCUGGAAUUCAUUGUCUAAAGUGCAUGAAUGUAUUUUUUAGCAGUCUGUGCUGUAUUAAUCAAACUAUUAUAUCAUUUUCUCAUACUCUGGAAAUCUUUCUAUCAGCUGUAAUGAUAAAUCCAUUUUAAAAUGAUAUUUGGACUUAGGCAUUUUACUUUAGAUUAGGAGGCAUCACAUGAUUUACAAGAUGAGAAUAUAACAC